GACCUGCGCGAAGAGACCACUAAGUCGCUCAAAGCCACGGAGAAGAUAGUUGUGGAGCUGCGUGAGGAAGUUGAGGAGCGGUCGACGAAGGUAAGUUACCCGCGUGCGCCACAAGCUGGCCACGCCAGCAUCAAGGCCAAACGUUCCGAUCUGACAAGGAAAUCUGCCUUCGGUUUUCUCGCAGCCACGAACGCAGCGAUUUUCUUGACGUUCAGGAGUACAGGCCCCGUCCAGUGCCAGAGCCCGAUCGCUCAAGACAUCAUGUGCGACCUGCGCCUUCAGCGGGACAUCCACGUGCAAGCGCGCCGCUUGUUCGCGGCCGUGGGCCGCGCGAGGAACGCAGUGUCGGGU